AUGUCUUCGGUUGUCAAGAAACACAAAUCAGGCCCGGACCAGGACGAGUCGGACCCCAGGAUCAUUCGCUUCACACCUGGAAAAGGUUGCCAGAUUUGCCGGAAGCUAAUGGCAGAAACCAAGCGCCGGAAAACCUGUGUGGCAAGCUUGCUGGACCCGAUCGCAGAGACGUCAGUCGCCCUCGAGAAAGGGGCCUUGAAGCUUCUCGACACUCUUGACGCCAUCGAUGGGCUUAGAAGCGGAGAUCCAGAUACACUGGUAAAGAUCGUCUCGUUUCUACUUCGUUCUGAUAACCCGCUUACCUAUUCGGAACAGGCAGAAAAUGCCGGCGCUCUCGGGCUGCUGGAGUGGAUGGCCAAUGGUCAUCGCGAGGUCUUUGAGAAGGCUUGCGACGACUGGCUGAAGGCUUGGGACGCUGCAAAUGGAAACAACAAGAACGGCAAAACGGCUGAUGGCGGCCUCUCUGAGAUCAUGGAGACAUGUCUCCUCCUCCAACUGCUCCCUCAUAGCUCUGAGGUUAAGCUGCAUGCUGCCAACGUGCUUUUAGAGAGCCGUGGUGUGAAGGAUUCUGUUCUUCCGGCUGCAAUUGUGCAGCAACUGAAUAUGGUUCAUAGACUUGCUCAGGAGCACAUCGAGGAGAAAUAG